AAUGCAAAAAAUAUAUUUUAGAUAUUUUUUGGAAAUUUUUAUUUAAUGUCCGGAAGAUAAAGUAUCACAUCUAUUUAUGGCAUCUGGAAAGCCAACAACGUGUAAAGAAGCUAUACGACGAUGGGAAGAGGAAACUGGGCAGGAAGCAGCUACGGCAACAGAAGUAAUUUUAAGUUUUCAAUGGCCACCAAUAGAAAAGAUGGAUAAUGCAUUAGCAGUUUUAGCCAAUUGUGAGAAACUCUCUUUGUCGACAAAUAUGAUUGAAAAAAUUGCAGGCAUUGGUAGUUUAAAAAAUUUAAAGAUUCUAUCGUUAGGUCGUAAUUUAAUCAAAGGUUUCGCUGGUCUUGAAGCUCUGGGUGAUACUCUCGAGGAACUUUGGAUUUCUUACAAUUGCAUCGAGAAAAUGAAAGGAAUUCAAGCAAUGAAAAAUCUUCGUGUUCUCUAUAUGUCUAAUAAUUUGAUACGAGAGUGGAAUGAAUUUGCUAGAUUACUAGAACUUCCAAAUCUUCGAGAUCUAGUUUUCGUUGGCAAUCCGUUGUAUGAAAGUCACGAGGUAGAACAAUGGAGAAUCGAGGUUGCGCGGCGUUUACCAAGUUUGGAGAAACUCGAUGGUGAACCUAUAAUACGAACAGAAGAAAAUCCAAUUUCGAUUCAAUCAGCCAAGACUGAUAGUCCAUCGCAUGGUUUGCUUGAGCAAGAAUCUGGUUAAUUUUUUGACAACGCAUAUAAUUUAGAUUUCUCUUUUAUAUCUUUCAUAAACAAUUUGAUAUAUUUAUAUUUGUUAUCAUGUAUUAUUAAUAUCUCUUAAUUAGUAAUGUGAUUAUAAGUUUGCGAUCAGAGAAAAUUAUUAAUCAUUCAAAUUAUUAUAAAUCAAUAAAUCACGCAAUGUACAUUUAUAUUAAUUUAUUCGUCUCACAAUACAAGACAGAUCGUAUAUACGUUUUGGUGGUUGAAAAAGGUUGAAAAAGCAAAUACAGUAGAGUUCGAUUGGAUUCGAUGCACGAAAUAUAUCGAGGAUCAGACAGACGAAUAAUCUUCGAAGGCUGCUCUUCACCAUCGUUUGCUUCUUUUUUUGUCUCUUUUUUUUGUCAUACAAGGCGUGCAAAAUAUUGAAAUGUGUUACGCGGGACGCUUGUUUGUAUAAUUAUUGUAUUUUUUGGUGUAAUUACGUAAUAAAAUGCGCUCACACGCGCGCGUGAUGCGUGCAUUAGAAAAAUUGACAUGUGUGUGUGUGUGUGUUUGUUUGUAUGUGUGUGCGUUCGGUUGAAUUCUUAUUUGUCUUUCCGUCCCAUUUUUGAUUUUUCGAUUCUUUACAAUAUUGAUUUGUCAGCGUUGCCAAUUUUAUUCCACAUCAAUAAUAUAUA